AUGAAAUUUAAUUUUAAGCAUGUGAUCUGCACUGAAUAUAAAUGAUGAUAUUAUGCUGUUCGAGUCAGAUGGUUGUAUUUUUUAUUAAGUGAGUUAUCUGUCUCCCUUUUCCAUUGUACACAGUCGGGAAAUCUUCAUGUUUGAUCUUUUUUGUUAUAGAUUUUCAAUGACUUGAUAAUCACUUACGAAUGAGAACAAGUAGUAAAUAGUAAUUUGUUUAUUUAAGAUUGAACUAUAAUUACCAUCGAAUUCUUUAUAUCAUAAGAUUCCUGUUGUUACCUUAAAGAAUUCUACCAGCUCAGUGAGGAUAAACAGUGUAAUGUAAGAUGAAACUGUAUCGGGUAACAAGGUUGGUUUUGAAUUAUUUAAGUUGAUCCCCUAACCCUUGAUCUCACGAUAAGUCAGUACAAUGUCAAAAUAUCAGUCAAAACUGGAUGUUGAGAAAACACAAGAAGCAAUCAAAUAUUUGCGGCACUGUUUCCAGAAACAACUAUCAGCGAAAUUGAAUUUGUUGCGUGUGUCAGCCCCAUUGUUUGUACCAGUCAAUAGUGGGUUACAAGAUGAUCUAUCCGGUGUGGAACGCGCAAUUAGUUUCGAUGUUAAAUCUGGUGAGACAGCAUUGAUUAAUCAAUCAUUGGCUAAAUGGAAACGUAUGGCACUACAUAAAUAUAAAUUAAAUCAUUAUGAUGGAAUUUAUACAGAUAUGAAUGCAAUCAGACGUGAUGAAGUUGUCUCUCCAUUGCAUUCAUAUUAUGUAGACCAAUGGGACUGGGAAUUGAUUAUUCAGAGAGAUGAACGAAAUGAUAAGAAAUUGGAAGAGGUAGUUGAGAAAAUUUAUGAAGCUAUGAAAGUAACAGAGAACAUGUUAGUAUCGGCAUACCCAGUGUUGAAACGUAAAUUACCAGAACAUAUUAAAUUCAUCACAACACAACAGUUAGAAGAUAUCUAUCCCGACAAAAAACCGACAGAACGUGAAUAUCUUGUGGUUAAACAGUAUGGUGCUGUUUUCUUAAAACAAAUCGGAAAGCUUUUGAAGUCCAAUACGGCACACGAUAAUCGAGCCCCAGACUAUGAUGAUUGGGAAUUGAAUGGAGAUAUACUAGUGUACAGCGAACACGACGAUAGAUGUAUAGAAUUGUCGUCAAUGGGUAUCCGAGUGGAUGAGUUGUCAAUGGAGAAACAGUUGAAGCAAAGUGGUUGUGAAGCACGUAAACAGUUUGAAUAUCAUCAAAAUGUUCUGAAUGGUCAAUAUCCAUUGACGAUAGGAGGUGGAAUAGGACAGAGUCGGUUGUGUAUGUUCUUUAUGGAGAAGAAACAUAUUGGUGAAGUACAAGUCAGUAUAUGGCCUGAACAUGUUCGUCGUGAAUGUGAACAGAAUAAUAUAUUUCUGUUGUAAAUUAAAUAAAUGCAUGUUGUCAU